AUAAAAGACACGUUUUCCCGUUUGUUGACACAGGACAAAACUAAUUCAAUAAAUUCAAUCACCGUUAAAUUUUGAUCCAAUAUGGCUCAACUACGCAUGUGCAUUUUAUACUUUUUGUUGUUGCAAAUUAUGUAUGGAGACUUAUCUGAUCCCUGCGCAGUGCAUAAGUCUUGCGGGGCGUGUAUAAGAGAUGUUCAUCUAUGUCGGUGGUGUGCCAUGGAUAAUUUCAACGGUACACGCUGUAUGGCACCCGAUGUUAUUAAUAAUACUGGAUGCGAUGCUGCUUCUAUAGAAGACCCUAAAAGUUCUAGCAAAGUUAAAGAAGACCAACCAUUUAACUCAGGGCCUAUAAACAUAACCCAAAUCAAACCUCAACGGUAUCAUGUGAGCUUACGACCUGGUGAUACGGUACAGUUUCACAUGUCAUUCAAAAGAGCUGAAGAUUACCCGGCUGAUCUGUAUUUUCUCAUUGAUGCCUCGAAAUCAAUGGAAUCUAUCAUGGAAGCCGUGACAGACGCAAGCGUGCAUAUUUACGAGGAAAUGAAGAAGAAAACCAAAAACGUUUACCUUGGUUUAGGUACAUUCGUUGAUAAAAAGACCGCGCCCUACGUACGUGACCCAAGUAACAAAGCGUACUCGUUCAUUCAUGCAAUCAAAUUGACAGAAGAUGUUGAACUAUUUAAGAAUGCUGUCAAAGCACAGGGUGUGAAUUACGACAAUCAAGGUGGAUUCGAUGCCCUUGCGCAAGUAAUAACCUGUAAAGAAGAAAUAGGUUGGAGGGAACAAUCCACGAAAAUCAUAGUCUUUGUCACAGAUGAACUAUACCAUUCAGCAGGAGAUGGCAAAUGGGCAGGUAUAGUGCAACCUUAUGAUGGAAAAUGUUACACCAAAAAUGGUAGCUACACUAAAGAACUUGAAAUGGACUAUCCAUCCGUGAGCAUGAUCAACAAACUAGCUAUAGACGAAGAAGCAACAAUAAUAUUUGUCGUGAAAAAGGAUCACGAAACCCGUUACAAGGAGUUAGCUACUUAUAUAAGAGGUUCAAAGAGCACACACUUUACAGAAAAAAAAAUAGACGGUAAACGUCAUAUUGAGUUCGAGGAGAAAAAGUUGGAAGAAAUACUGUCCAAAAUUUACAUGGAAAUUACCCGUGUUAUGCGACUUAAAGUACAUUCGGCGUCUCCCGAAGAUCGUAAACAUCUGAACAUCACCUUCGAACCAGAUUGCGCAAAUCACCCUAAAGAUAAUCCGUAUUGCAACGUAACGUAUGGGACUGAAAAGCAUUUCAAAGGAAAUAUUAAACUUUUACAAUACUAUGACAAGCAACAUAUUAAUAUAGACAUAGCAGUUGAAGGAAUAAAAGAGAGACUAACUUUAAAUAUUGAUAUAGCUAGAUGUAAUUGCGAAACAGAUAAUGUCAAAACCAAUGAUGAGUAUUGUUCAUAUCAAGGUACCAAGAAGUGCGGGAUCUGUGAAUGUAAUCCUAACAGAAUCGGUGACAUAUGCGCGUGCACAACUAGUAAUACCACGAUUGGGAGUGGUGAGGAGAGCUGUAAGCCGCCCAGUGGCUCAGGGCCCAUUUGCAAUGGUUUCGGUUCGUGUAUCUGCGGUGUAUGCAAGUGUCAGCCAGGAUAUGAAGGCAAGUACUGUGAGUGUAACAAGGAUAGCUGCCCGAACCAAUGCAGUGGCCACGGCCGAUGUUCAUGUGGGAAGUGCAUACAAUGUGACGACGGAUGGAGCGGCGACGCUUGUGAGUGCUCCACAACUGGCUGCAAGCAAGCUCAUGGCAAGAUUUGUAACAACCGCGGCGACUGUGCGUGUGGCCAGUGCAAGUGUCAUCCGAUCGCGUCGUGGGACGCUCGAUUUUCACAAACCCCUGAAGACUGCGUGGUACAGCCCUGCGCCGACUGCCAUCAACAACAAUGUCAACUCCUCAAGGAAUGCGUCUUGUGUUACCAGAACAAAAAAACCAUCGCCGAAUGCACCUCCUUUUGCGACACACGCAUCCAUUUACACGACAGCAACCACACUUGGCCCAACAUGUCAAAUGAAAAAACCUUCCUCUGUGAAAACGUGCGCGUUGAUCUGGGAUGCUAUUCUCAUUUCCAAUACAGAUAUGACAAUGACAAUUAUGCAGUUGAUGUACUGGUGAAUAUGGACAAGAAUUGCCAAGAAAGCUACUACGUUUAUGGCGGCGUGUUUCUAUUCAGCCUACUUCUAAUUGGAAUAUUAACUCUCGUGGCGUGGAAGUUGUUAACCGACAUGAGAGACAAACGGGAGUACGACAGAUUCGUAAAGGCUUCUGAAGCUGACGCCGCUGGUCUGGUUACCAACCCGAUCUAUGAACCAGCAACAACCACCUUCCGGAACCCUGCCUUCCGCAAGCCAUCUGUUGAUAACACAUUGAAAUAAUUCGGAUUUUGUUCUUUGUCGGAUAAAAGCAAGCAACCUGUGACCUGGAGGUUAGGACACAUUCUUGAAAUAUUGUGUUUGUUCAGGACCUCCGCGAUACAGGGUUACUCUAGUGCGGGGUCCGCCAGUAAUGUUUAAGUUUUUUGAUAAAUAAACAUAAUUCUAUUCUA